AUGUCGCUGCGUGCCUGGGAGUGGGAGGGUGAGGACAGGGUGAGCAUGGGGCCCAUGUCCUCCAUGGCCAGCUUUUACCAGUCUGGGAGUGAGUGUGGUAUGGAGGAGUACCUGAAGGUCAAAGCCCAAGCCCAGGAGUCAGACUCUGAGCACCCAUGCAGCAGCGAGUCCUCAUAUGGGCCUGCCAGCACCUUCAACUCCGAUGUGCCCCAGAUUGUCCCCUGCAAAUUCAUCAUCUCACUGGCCUUCGCAGUGAACACUGGUUAUAAAGGAAAAUAUACAAUAUUGAUGGAAAAAUAUAGGAAACACCCUAAAAUGGACAAACCUGUUGCAAAGGUUCGCCGUUACUACCACAUUGAGUAUUUCCUUCUGCCUGAUGAUGCGGAGCCUAAAAAAGUUGACAUGGUAGUGUUUCCAAUGGUGGCCAAAGUGUUCCUGGAUUCAGGAGUAAAGACAGUGAGGCCGUGGCACGAAGGGGACAAAGUCUGGGUGUCAUGGACCCAAACUUUUAACAUCAACGUGACGAAGGAAUUACUAAAGAAAAUUAAUUUUCACAAAAUAACCUUGAAGGUCUGGGACACUAAGGACAAGGUUUCGAGAAAAGUCAGGUAUUAUCGGUUAAAGAAUACUGGGUAUUCAGAAGAUACAGGAUCUUUCGGUAAGUCAUAGGAAGUGAAAAAUUUGGUUUUAAAUCAGAGAAGAUUAUCUGCACAGGCCCCACACAUCAAAGAGGAGUGGAACCAGGAGGAUGCGCCAGAAAAAGCAGGAAAACACAUCAAGUCUUUGCAUGAUUCUCACCCAGCAGAGUCUGAAACUUUUCCCAAGAUCUCCGAGGAAUAUGAAAAGAUACCCAGAAUGGAAGAUCUUGCCACAGUUCGAUGGAGUAUUUCAAGAGAAACAGCUCUUUCUUUGGGAGCAGCAUCUGGGAUGGAGAUGAAGGAAUUAACUGAGAGAUCAUCAUUUAACAGCUUAAACAUGUUAGAAAAGCAAAAAUUUCAAGUUAAACAGAAAGACUCAGAGGGGAGAAAGAAGAGCCAGAAGAAAAGGAAGAAAUCUCGAGCAGAAGAGGAAACUGACCUCAAGGUGGAAGGAAAUUGGAAGCAUGGUACCUUCUCCACUGAGCUGGUGGUGACGCCGCUCCUUGCAGGUGGCUACCCCUGGUCCCCACAGGUUCUGGUUGUCUUGUCCUAUGUGGCUUGA